AUGUCGAAAAGGGGAAUUAUUCACCAUUGCCAUUUUCAUGUCCGUGGGGAAACACACGUUCGUGCCGGCGCGCCUUGGCAGUCCAUGUUGCUACAGCAGCCUGCACCUCUCGACCUUAACAGCGAGCGGCAUAGAUGCUAUGCACUUGCAUUGCGGUCUGCUUAUGCUCUGUUCGAUCCCGCGCCGAGGGUGCGUGCUGGGCUGGCUGUGGAUAUCUUGAAGGCGGUCUCCAUGGGGGAUGGGGGUCAUCUCCAGAUGCCAAGAACACCGGACUCUGCGAUUUCCGCUAUUUUCGAUGAUGCCCCCUUAAUGGCACACCUCGCAGCCAAACCAAUUCUUCGGGUCACCCGAUGCGCACUCCGUCAAUCGACUUGGCGAUGCUUGAUCCUUUCCGACCAAAGCAACAUAGAGCAGGAAGAUCUUGAGGCCCUGCACGGAAAUUCAUCCGAUCACUGCGAGAAGUGCUAUUCUAAGGUUCUAGACUCUCUUCCUACGGCGCAAAGAAGAAUGGAACACAUCUGGGCUUCCGCUGCUAUGUAUGUUCGGACAGUCUUGGCCAUGGACGACAAGGCGGCGAUAGCCUGGAUGCCCAGGCGACGCCACUCGGGUCUUCCCUCGCGUCGAAUUCCCUUCCCUCCCCUUCACUCUCUUGACAAGAUGUUCUUCCGAGCUUCUCACCUCGUGGCGGCGAUGGCCCUCUUUGAAGGGUCAUCGGCAAAGGACUGGUUGAGUCCCGAGUACAAGUACUUUUACCAGUUUCCUCUGCCGAUUCCGCCGGUGAAGCAGCCCAAGAUGUCGAUCACGAACCCGGUCACAAACAAGCAGAUCGAUUACUACGAGGUCGACAUCGUUCCAUUCAAGCAGCAGGUCUAUCCCAACAAGGGACCGGCCUCGCUUGUGGGCUAUGAUGGCAUCUCUCCUGGUCCUACCUUCUUGGUGCCCAGGGGACGGGAGACGGUUGUCAGAUUCACCAACAAGGCUGUUCUGCCGAGUGCGGUGCAUCUCCACGGUUCGCCUUCUAGGGCACCUUGGGACGGGUGGGCGGAGGAUCGCAUUCAGCCUGGCCAGUACAAGGAUUACUACUACCCCAACAGCCAGAGUGGGCGCUUCCUGUGGUACCAUGACCACGCGAUGGAUAUCACUGCCGUCAAUGCAUACUUUGGUCAGGCCGGUGCCUACAUCAUCCAGGAUCCCGCAGAGGAUGCUCUCGGCCUCCCCACCGGAUACGGCGUAAACGAUAUCCCUCUCGUCUUGUCAUCUAAGCAAUACAACAAUGACGGUUCUCUCUUCUCUCCCGCUGGCGAGACCGACAGCCUUUGGGGCGACGUUAUCCAUGUCAACGGCCAACCCUGGCCCUUCUUCAAGGUCGAACCCCGCAAGUACCGCCUCCGCUUCCUGAACUCCGCCGUCUCACGAUCCUUCAUCCUCUACUUCCAGCGCCAGACCGGCGGCGCCAACGUUCCUUUCCAAGUCAUCGCCUCCGAUGCAGGCCUCCUCACGGGCCCCAUCACAUCCUCCACCCUGACUAUCUCCAUGGCCGAGCGCUGGGAGGUCGUCUUCGAUUUCAGCCAGUUUGCGGGCCAAAACAUCACGCUCCGCAACCAGGACGACGUCGGUAAGGAUAAGGACUACGGCUUCACCAACCAGGUGAUGCGCUUCGUCGUCAGCAAGCCUGCCGUUGUCGACAAUGCCGUCGUUCCCGCCAACCUCCGCAACGUCCCCUUCCCGCCGUCGCAGGGCAACGGCGUCGACCGCAAGUUCCUGUUCCACCGCCAGGGCGGCGGCUGGAAGAUCAACGGUGUCGGCUUCAGCGACGUCAAGAACCGCAUCCUUGCCAACGUGCCUCGCGGCAAGGUCGAGAUUUGGGAGUUUGAGAACGGCGGCGGCGGCUGGACGCAUCCCAUCCACGUGCACCUCGUCGACUUCCGCGUCCUCAGCCGCACGAAGGCGAAGAGACCCGUCCUUCCAUAUGAGGCCGCUGGUCUGAAGGAUGUGGUUUGGCUUGACGCUGGUGAGGUAGUCCGCGUUGAGGCGCAUUAUGCUCCAUGGGAUGGCGUGUACAUGUUCCACUGCCAUAACCUCAUCCAUGAGGACCACGAGAUGAUGGCGGCAUUCAACGUGACGGCCCUAGCCGAUUUCGGGUACAACGAGACUUCCUUUGCCGACCCAAUGGAGGCUAGAUGGAGAGCUGUUCCGGUUACAGCUACGGCUUUUAGCGCUGAUGCUAUUACGCAGAAAGUGCAGUUCAUGGCAUCGCUUCAACCUUACAACAAUGUUGAUGAGGUCACAACGAGGCUGGAUCAGUACUGGUCCACUCGUGGCGGCGUCAAGAUGAGACGUGUCAAGAGAGCUGCACAGGCUGCUAUUGAUGGACCUCAGUAG